UUGUAAUCAUUUAUUUAGCUUUACAAAUCAAUAUAAUUGAAAGAAUGAUGUAAACAUAUGUGAUUACGUCCAUAUUAAUUUUAUAUAAAUAUUAUAUUGCAAAUAUGAGUUCGAGUAAAAGAAAAACUAUUGAAAUUAAUUCGAACGAAGAAAGCAGCCCUAAAAAUCGUCGUAGUUCGUUAGCAGUUAAUUUAAGUUUUACAAACUUCACAGAUUCAGGUAAUGGUUCUCUCAGAAAAACACACAUUAAGAGUAAUGAAUCGUCUGUUCAAAUACAACCUUAUUAUGACUUAUCAAAAAGUAAUAAAGAAUCUGACAAGAAGAAACAAUCUAAUAAAAGUUUUGUUAAUAAAUCUACUGUAAAUAAAACAAAUAAUGUAAGUUCUUGCAAAGAUCAAUUGUUAAAGGAUGUCAGUGUACGUGUCAUUGAUAUAAAACAUAUUAAACAAACUGAUAAAAGUUUUCAACAGCUAAGAGAUGCAAUAUUAACUAAAACUAGAGAAAUAUUUAAUAAACAAGAUGAAUGUGCUAUAAAGACUACUCUAGUUCUAGAAAAUCAUAAUAAUCAAUUAUUAAAUACUUAUUCCAAGAAUAUUGAAAAUCAACAACAACCUUUAAGAGAUGGAAUUACUAAUUUACAGACCAAUACUCAAAAUGAUAUGAUUAGUAUCUUUUCUACGCCUGUUAAAAAUUGCAAUGAUAAUGAAUCUAUAGAUAAAUCAACAAAAAAAUCAAAAAGAAGACUGUUUAUGCAUAAUGAUAUUAAUUAUCCUCAAAUCGUUGAGACUGCAAUGAAAGAAAAUCAUGACGCAGAAAAUAAUUUGAGACAGUUAUCUCCUAGAAAUGUAAAUUAUAAAAUUAGUCCUAUAAUAACUGGUAGUAAUAGAAGAUAUCAUGGAAAACUUUCGUUAAAAUAUCUUUCUAAAAAUCGAACAAAAUGUGAUACAGAAGAUUUGAGUCAAAAAACUGUACCGAGUUUAAGUAGUAUUUUAAGUAAUGAAAUUGAAUCUCUUGAUGCACCAAUAUUAUGUUCCACGUUUAACGAGGAAUUGGGUGGAAAUAGUAACAAAUUUAUUGAAGAACAUAACAUUAAUAAUGAAAGACGUAAAAAAAGUGCAACAGUUGUAUCCAUGGAAUUAACAACUGUUCAAAGUCAUAGUAUGAAACAUUAUAAUACUUGUAAUGAAAAAGUAGAUCCAAUAAAUGCGAUUAAUAGUAAUCAAAAUAGCAAUAAAAAAGAAUCUGAAAUACAAAAGACAAAAGAAAAAGUAAAUCAAACAAAUUCAAUAUCAAAUAAAGAAUCUAUAAUGAAUCAGAAAACUAUACUGAUAACGUCAGAUAUAUUACUUCAAUCAGGUCAGUUUAUUACUGACAAAAAUGAAAGUAUUAAAUCAACAGUUAACAAUGAAAAUAACGUAGAAGAACUUGACUCAUCUUUACAUGUAAAUACAUCUAAGGAUAAUGCAAAUGAACAGGAAAAUAUAACUGAAGUUCGUGAAUCGUUACAAGUGAAUACAUCUUUAAAUUCUACGUAUAAACAUAUGCAAUGUGAUAACAAAAAACAAUCAAAACAAGAAAACACAGAAAGAUCAGAAAAACAUUCACGAUGCAAUAAUGAAAUAACAAAUGAAAACAAUGAUAGCUCAAAUUAUAUUCAAUGUACACCUUAUAAUGAAUGUCAAUCUAAUUUUCCAAAAUCUCUAUCACAAAUAGAUACAGUAAUACAUAAUACAAAAGUUAAGGAUUCUUCUAAGGUGAUUGAUAAGAGCAAUGUAAAGAAAAUAGAUGAAAUUACUCUUAAUCCAAAAACAGAACCAUGCGGAUGUAAAAUUCAUACAACAAUUCUGUGUACCAAACCAUGUAAAAACAUUUUACGUAGUACAGUUAUUUUAGAUGAUUCACCUUUUAUUGCUUCGAAUAAACUGAAAUGCAAUGAAGUAAUUAUAGAUGAAUCUCUUAGUCAGCAGGUAACAUGCAAAGACAAAAUAAAAUAUAACAGUUUAAAAAAUACAAAUGUUAUACCACCUAAGAUAAAGAAAAAAAAAUUAUUACCGCUUUGUGAAGAAUCUAGAUUAUCAUUUACUCCAGUGGAAAAAUCUUUAACGCCUACGCCAUCGACAACAAAGAAAAAGAAACAAUUUAAAAAGAAAAAAACAAUGAAACAGAAUUUGUGGACGAAGUUUUGCAAUGUCUCAAAUGACGUAGAAACAAGUAAUAACGAUUUGUCAGAAAAUAAUAUAUCUUUCGAUCUAAAGAAGAAAAAAGGACGUAAAAAACCUAGAAAAGUGGUUAGUAAGAAGAUUGUAACUAAAAAAAUGGUUGAUAGUGAUAUAUUGAGAAAAUUAGAAGAUAUGCAUAAACGUUCUAAUCAGAAAACUGAAAACAUUAAAGGUGACAAUUCUAUGAAUGAAUUUCAAAUUAAAGAAGGGUCUUCUCAUAGACCUUUUCAUAAAUCUCCAAAAAUUGUUAUAGUUAUAACAGGAUUUUCAAGAGGAGACAAAAGUUUAAUUAAAAACAUUGUAAAAACUCUUGGCAUGGCAAGAAUAGAACAAAAUGUUACGCGUAGAACAACUCACGUAGUGAGCACAGGAGUGCGUACAAUAAAUUUAUUGCAUGGUAUAAUAAGAGGUUGUUGGCUCGUAAAACUUGAAUGGAUUUUGAAAUCUUUGGAAAAUAAUGAAUGGUUGAAUCCAGAAGAAUUUGAAAUGAUGCAUUACUCAAAGGCAGUCAAAGAAAAUCGCAAAGAUCGAGAAUUAUUUGGAAUGGCUUAUGUACCAGAUUUAUUUGCUACUUCUGGUUUCUUACACGUUGAAAAUGGUACUACACCUCCAGCACAAGUUUUAAAAGAACUUAUCAAAGCUGCUGGUGGUAGAAUAACUGAAUAUCCACAAGCUGCAAAAAUUAUUAUUGGUGCAAAUGGUAUUAAAGAAAGCUGGAUCUUGGAUUCGAUUACUACAGGUGUUUUACAAUCAACAGCGCAAUAUCAAAGGAAAUAGGAUAGUAUUAUUUAUUUAUUCUAGUUUCUUGUUAUUUUUUUAUUUUGUCACAAAUUAUGUUUAAUUGCCAUAGGCAAUGAUAAAGAUUUUGUUUAUGGAUGUAAAUUAUUUAACUAAAUUAUACAAAUAUUAUUGG